AAACUAAGAAAAUUUAGAAAUCUUCCUUUUCUUUUCUCUCCCUUUUUUCCAUUUUCUUGAUUAAAACACAUGUGCAUUUAUUACUACUUAGAUGCGAUUUGUGUAUAAGUAAUUAUUUGACAAGACGCGUACACGUAUUCGAAUAAAUGAAUUCCUCAAUUCAAAAUUAACGUCAUUAAAUUCUAUUCAAUAAGUAUUUUCAAAAAAAAAAAAUUGCGACAGAAGAAAAGGUUUCUCAGCAGAAUAGUUUACUUUUCUCUGCCAUUAACUAUUCGCUUUCUAUGAAUCAUACCAGAGAGAGAACAUAUCUAACCAUAUACAUAUUUCUGUCCUUUAGGAUUGUUACCAAUUAUCUUUGCAAAACACUCAGUCCACUAUAAAUAUAAAUAUGCUAUAGAUAAAGUUGUUUCUAUGGUAACCAAUUUCAAAACAAUAGGAUACCAAAUUUUUUAAAUACGUUACAUUAGUAAAGUUAUUUAAUUGUGUAAUCGUUUAUAUCAUUUAUAAUUAACAGUAUUUGUUGAAACAAAAAAGUAUUUUAGGUAAAGUGUUCAUAAUGCAAAGGCCACAAACGGGAAGUAACUAUCCAGCAACUUCUGGUCAAAAUGUACUUACAAGACCAUUGUCCGUUUCAAUUUUACAUAACCAAAUGUCAACAGCUAAUUCACGGUCAAAUACAAUUAGUACAAAUAGUUCAGGGCAUUUAAAUGUAGGAUUUCCCACAAUUGGUUAUAUGAAUAUAAAUGUUAUGGAAAGACCAAUUACACAACAUGGGGUUGCAGCUAUUAGGCCUGGAACUGGUAGGGGAAUGCCAAUAACAAGGCAAAUUCAGGAUAAGAGAUACUAUAUUGGACUUGUGCAAUUAAAAAUAAGGGAAUUAAAUCAAGAAAUUGCUGUUAUUAUGAAAGAUAUUGAAGAUCAAAAUAGAGAAAGGGCUACUUAUAUACAUUAUGACAAAAGGGCCAAAGACUUAGCAACUGAAUUAACAAUUUUGCAAGGGCAGCUAGCAGAUUAUAAUAUUGUUGUGGAUAAGAUGACUUCUGACAUUGGAAAAGAAAUCAUUGAACAAGAAACUGAGGAGCUUGCAACAAAAAACGAACAUAAUCUAUUAAAAAUUGAAAAUAUGUAUGAAGAAAGAAAGCAAUUAGAGAACAAGUUAAGUAAAAUAGAAGAACAAUUAGAAAAUGAGAAAAGAAAAACUGAACGACUUGUGGAAAGUAUGAAUGAUAGUACAAGAGAAAAAUAUGAAGAAUUAUUAAAAGAAAAAGCAAGCUUACAAGAAAAAACAACUAAGAUGCAACAAGAGUUAGAUAAAUCAUAUAAAGAACAACUUUAUUUGGAAGAAGAAAUAGCAUUAUCUCCUUUAAAACAGGAAGCAGUUAAAUUACAUCUCAAAAUUAUUGAAACAGAAGAGAAAAGGAAUAAGUUGCAGGAGAAAGUAAAACAUAGAAUUUCACCAGAUGAAGAAAGAGAAAAACUAUUACAAAAAAUAAAACAAGAAAAUAUGGACAUAGCAGCAGCAGAAGCACAAUUAACUGAAAAAAAGAAACAAAUACAAGAAGCUGAACAAAAACUCGAACAAUUGGAAACUGAUAUAGAAGAUACUCAAUCUGAAAAACAAAUAAAGUAUAAAGAACUUCGUAAACGAGAAGAAAUUAUAGAACAAUUUAUGAUUACUUUUGAACAAAAUAAACAGGAUGAAACAAUUAAAUUGCAUAAAUUAGAAGAAACAAUUGUUGAAUAUUUAGGAAAUAUUUCAAAUAUGAUAAACGUUAAUAUUAAUUUCAGAGGAAGCGACGAGAUAGCUAUCUUAAAUAAUUUACCUCCUUUUAAUGAACAUGAGUAUAUUAAUAACGGACAAAGCUUUGAAAAUUUAUCAAAAGAUAAUUUGAGAUUGCAACAAAUUUUAAGUGAAAUGGAGAUGUUAGAAACAAAACUUAAAACAGAAUCUGAUGAUCUUAAUGAAAAAAUGAAACAAGAGGAAAAGAAAUUAAUAACAUUAGAGGAUUUAGAUAGCUUAAAAACUAAGUUGGCAAUAAAACAAGGGCAACUAACAAAAGAAUGCGAACAGUUAAAGCAGCAGCAGGCAAUGCAUGAACAAGAACUUAAAACAAUUCAAUUUGAGUAUAAUGAAAUAAAACAACGAUUAAAAAGCAAUGAUGAAUACAAUCAAAUUAAUAUACUACAAAAUACAGUGGAAAACUUAAUAGAAGAACAUAAAAAAAUUGAAAAUUUUAUACAAAACCAAAGACAACGUAGCAAUUAUGGUCCAGUGAAAACAGAUGUUUUGAAUUCAAUGAAUAGCUAUAAUACUUUGUUAAAGCAAAACUUAAAACUUAUUUAUUAGAUAAGAUUUUUCUGUAUGA